ACCCCAGAAUGCGCUGCCGGGGCGUGCUGUUUUCGGCCGUACAUCGCGUUUGCACGCCUGCGAUUUCGGUUCGUGGAGAGGGGCGUGUGCUCGAAGUUGAACUUGGGCGUUGAGAGCAGGUUUUGCGACGGACGGCGUUUCUGCGGCGUGCCUGCGCUCAGUGAGCGGGCGGCAGAAGCGUUCUCGCUUGUUCCCUUUUCACCGCUGUCCAGAAAGCGAGCGGCGAAAGGGAAAAGCCCUCGCCCUACCGCCCCUUCUUCGCGGCGCGGCUGUCUGUGAACCCAGCAGUUUACCCUCCCUCCCCGGCGCUGCCGCCCGGGGCCGCGCUGCGCGCCUGCCUGUGCAGGAGCUCGGCGCAGAGCGGAGGGGGGAGGCGGCCGCUGUUCCUGGAAGAGCCCGGCCUGGGGAGUUGGUCACAUUCUUGGCUGGGAUUCAAUGACUGAGGCAGACACCAACAAACAGAGGGGGGGAGGAGGAGUGAGGGAGGCUGAGCCAGCCUGCAUUAGCUCAGCUCUCAGGCACUCUCAGUCUCUGCUGGAAAGAGGAGCUGGGAGGAUGUGCGCUCUGUUACCGCGGCUCCCCACGGCACGCCGAGAAGACCGAGAGAAAUAAGGGAAGAAAGGCGAACCGAGAGACGAGGAGUCCUCCCAGAUCAAGCUGAGGGACCACGAGGGGGAAGGGAGCCUGCUUUUGCCCGUCCAAAGCCCCCGCGCCGUUUUGGAAGUGCCAGAGAUUUGGGCCUUUUCCUUUUCUUCUGCGUUGUUCCCUUCCACAGACCAAGCUUUCUUCCUCCUCCUGCUUUUUACUUUACUCCCCCGCGCCUUCCUUUCGGUGGAUAUGGACAGAAGGGUGAUUACUGCAGAGAAGCAGCAGCCGCCAGAACAUAUUUGAACCCCUGGUGCUCGGAGCGUGGCACAGACUUUUUGUAUUUCUGUGGGUGGCGUGUGUGUGUGUGUGUGUGUGUGAGUGAGAGAGAGAGAGAGAGAGAGAGAGAGAGAGAGAGAGAGAGAGAGAGAGAGAGAGAGAGAGUGAGUGUGUGUGGUGGAGGUGUGGGAGGCGGGAUUGGUUUGCCUGGGGGGUUGGCUGAGGGGGUGAGUGCUCGGAUGAAGACCUCUUUUUGCUGUGACUCUCUGCUCCAUCGGGGCAGCUUGGAGACUUGGAGGUUUUGAAAUUGUAACGAACCAAGAGAAAAGAAAGAAGAGAGAGACACGCAUACAAAAGGAUUUAUUUCCUAUUCGUUAGUGGAUUGUUAAACCUGAGUGGGAAGAAGGAAAAAAACCAGGGGUGGGUUGUUUUAUUUUGUUCAUAAUUUUUUUCUUAAAAAAAAAUAAUAAUCCCUUAAGUGGAUUUGUACCAGGGUGGAAGAUAACUGGGGAUUUUUGUUGUUUAUUUUGGGAAUAGAAACUAAAAAAUGGAGACUGUAAGUAGAAGCAGCUUCCAGCCUCAUCCAGGACUGCAGAAGACCUUGGAACAGUUUCAUCUGAGCUCUAUGAGCUCCCUGGGUGGCCCUGCUGCUUUCUCAGCACGAUGGGCACAGGAGAUGUACAAGAAAGACAAUGGCAAAGACCCAGCAGAACCUGUACUGCAUCUGCCCCCUAUCCAGCCUCCUCCGGUAAUGCCUGGUCCCUUCUUCAUGCCCUCGGACAGAUCCACAGAGAGGUGCGAGACCAUCCUGGAAGGGGAAACCAUCUCCUGCUUCGUGGUGGGUGGAGAAAAGCGGCUUUGCUUGCCCCAGAUCCUGAACUCGGUGCUCAGGGACUUCUCCCUGCAGCAGAUUAAUUCGGUGUGUGAUGAGCUACAUAUUUACUGCUCCAGAUGCACUGCUGACCAGCUGGAAAUCCUCAAAGUCAUGGGCAUCCUGCCCUUCUCUGCUCCUUCCUGCGGGCUCAUCACUAAAACUGAUGCUGAGAGGCUUUGUAACGCCUUGCUUUAUGGUGGCACCUAUCCUCCCCACUGCAAGAAGGAAUUCUCUAGCACAAUUGAGCUGGAGCUUACAGAGAAGAGCUUCAAGGUGUAUCAUGAGUGCUUUGGGAAGUGUAAGGGACUCUUGGUGCCAGAGCUUUACAGUAACCCCAGCGCAGCCUGCAUCCAGUGCUUGGACUGCAGGCUUAUGUACCCACCUCACAAAUUUGUGGUCCACUCUCACAAAUCGCUGGAAAACAGGACUUGCCACUGGGGCUUUGACUCUGCAAACUGGAGAUCCUAUAUUCUCCUCAGCCAGGAUUACACUGGGAAAGAGGAGAAAGCUAGACUGGGCCAGCUCUUAGACGAAAUGAAAGAAAAAUUUGACUAUAACAACAAAUACAAGAGGAAAGCCCCCAGGGUCCCUUCAGAUCCUCCUGCUUCCAAAAAGCCCAAAAUAGAUGACUCUGCUUCCCAAUCUCCAGCUUCUACUGAGAAGGAAAAACAGUCCAGUUGGUUACGGUCCUUAUCCAGUUCAUCUAAUAAGAGUAUUGGCUGUGUCCAUCCCCGUCAGCGUCUCUCAGCUUUCCGGCCCUGGUCCCCUGCUGUAUCGGCAAAUGAGAAAGAGCUCUCAACCCAUCUUCCCGCAUUGAUCCGAGACAGUUUUUACUCCUACAAAAGCUUUGAGAAUGCUGUGGCCCCCAAUGUGGCACUUGCACCUCCAGCCCAACAGAAAAUUGUGAGCAACCCACCCUGUGCCACGGUAGUAUCACGGAGCAGCGAGCCACUGAGCAGCACUGUCCAGCCACGGAAAAGAAAACUUGCUGCAGAGAACACAGCAAUCCCAGAGGCAGCAGCCGCUGUCACAGCCACUGUUACUGCCACUGAAGAGGAUAAGGAAUCAGAAGCAGAAAUUGAAGUAGAAACCAGGGAAGAAUUCACCUCCUCCUUGUCCUCGCUCUCGUCCCCAUCCUUUACUUCAUCCAGCUCUGCAAAGGACAUGAGCUCACCUGGGAUGCAAGCCCCAGUCACAGUCAACAGUUCAUAUGAGGUUGCACCACAUUCUGACUCUCACAGCAGCGGGUUGGAAGCUGAGCUGGAGCACCUAAGGCAGGCCCUGGACAGUGGCCUAGAUACAAAAGAAGCCAAAGAAAAAUUCCUCCAUGAAGUUGUUAAAAUGAGAGUGAAGCAGGAAGAGAAGCUAAAUGCUGCCUUGCAAGCCAAACGCAGUCUACACCAGGAGCUGGAGUUCCUAAGAGUGGCUAAGAAGGAGAAACUGAGAGAAGCAACAGAGGCGAAGCGCAACUUAAGGAAAGAGAUCGAACGUCUGAGAGCCGAGAAUGAGAAGAAAAUGAAGGAAGCCAAUGAGUCUCGGAUACGACUGAAGAGGGAACUGGAACAAGCCAGGCAGAUCCGGGUGUGCGACAAGGGCUGUGAAGCAGGCAGGCUCCGGGCCAAGUACUCAGCCCAGAUUGAGGACCUACAGGUUAAGCUUCAGCAUGCAGAAGCUGACAGGGAGCAGCUCCGAGCUGACCUAAUGCAUGAAAGGGAGGCUCGAGAACACUUGGAAAAAGUAGUCAAGGAACUUCAGGAACAACUGUGGCCUAAAUCAAGCAGUCAACCCAGCAGUGACAACACAACGAGCAACAUCGAGAACUAAACCACCACCACCACGUCAUCUAACACACACACAGAAUGACCUAUAUGCACAGUAAGGGAGGAUGUGUGGGGUACAUGUGUAAGUGCAUGUGUGAGUAGUUGUGUCUUGGCACACAGAUCUAUGAAUAUGGAUUCUUAUUAGUUGGAAGGCAAAUGUUACUCUCUAUAACAGAAGCACUGAAUUACGCCUCUUUUUUUUCCAAUCCAUAUAGCACAACAUCUUACUGUGCCUAUAAAACACAAAGUGUUUAUAAACAAAAUACUUUUAAGUCCACAGCAAAUUUUCUACUGGCAAACUCCAAGCAAGCAGCACCGUCCAACUAAAAUCAGAGUACACGGCAAGCACGGCAGUGUUUUUAUGCUGCCCUUCUGCCUGUUGGAACAUUUUGGAAUUUAAAAACAAACUUUUCUUAUAAGCUAUUUAAAGUAAUUCAUUACACAGACUUGGUAUUAAAAAAUUAACAAGAUUUUUAUAAUGAACCUUUAAAAGCAAAACAAAAAAACCAGAAAACCUUCGAUGCACAAUUUUUAAUGACUUGUUAUAGGCUUUGGGAUUCUUAACGUAGAAGCCCUCUGGUGAUGAUGCCAUUUCAUUACCAGUUUUCCAGCCUUCUAGGAAGCCAUCACACUUUUAAUCCCGUCAUGUGGUUGUAUGAGAAUUUCAGAGUGCUUUUCAAAGUUGAUUUUUUCCUUAGAAAGAAUUCUCUUCAUUUCCUGGCCUGAACACAAGAAGAAAGGAAGAUGCAGGAUUGUAAAGGGGGGGUGGGGGACUGGAAGAGAUAUAUGCUUUAGAAUUACAAGCCCAGCCUUACAGACUACAGUGUUUGCAAAUCAUGCCAUCUUUUCUAAAGACAUCUUCAUUAAUUGAUGUGUUCAAAAGACACUUCAUCCAAGAGCACUUCAGCUUUAGGAAAAGAAGGAAAAAAGGGAGGAAAUGGAUGAUCUGUUAAGUCGGUUGAGAAAUAAAGCAGAAGACCUAUGCGUUUUGAAGUCAUUCUGAAAUCUUUACUUCAGAGCUUUCAAUUUUCUGGAAAACUCAUCUUUGUUGCACCAUCUUACCAUAAAUUCAGUAUUCACCUGCUUUUAUUAUGAACUGUCAGUCAGGAUUUCUGUGCCCAAGGAGAGUGCAACAUUGCACUAUCGGAUACUACAGAAAAGAAAACCAACAUUUUUGCUGCUGUGAAUAAGCCUACAGCUUUUUAAAUUUUUUUUUUUGUUUUUAAAAAGAGAAAUUACUUUAAUUUUGGGAUCCAAGCCGCAGCCCCGGAAUAAAAAUGCAGCAUGCCAUCACUCUGUCUUACUUGUGGUAGUGGUGGUGUUUAUUUUUCCUUUUUUUUUUU